UCCAGCUUCCAGCCAAUGUUCUACGUAUAUAAAUCGUACGUUCCCUCCAUCCAUUUCAUUUCAAUUAUCACAUUCUAAACCAGAAAUAAAGAUUCCUAUCAUUUCAACCCAUUUUGGAUUGAAAUGACAUUUACACCAACAAAAACUCCAUAACCAAACGACAAUAGACAUAGCACCAGACUCCAACACUUACAGUUUGCCAUAAACACACACCAUAAUGCAAUUCCAGGGACCCAUCCUGUUUGCCUUUCUCUUCACUGCAACUUUUCUCUUCACUUUCUCCACCUCCCUCAAGGAGGGGCAAACAUGUGUAGCAAAUAGAAAUUGUGACUCUGGGUUACACUGUGAAACUUGUUUAGCAAAUGGAAAUGCAAGGCCACGUUGCACAAGAAUUCAGCCCAUUAACCCAACUUCAAAGGUAAAGGGGUUGCCUUUCAAUCGGUACACGUGGCUUACAACCCAUAAUUCGUUUGCCAAAUUGGGAGUGAGGUCAGCUACUGGGUCUGUACUUUUAACACCUAUGAACCAACAGGACUCCAUUACUGAACAGCUCAAUAAUGGAGUGAGAGGGUUGAUGUUAGAUAUGUAUGACUUUCAAAAUGACAUUUGGUUGUGUCAUUCCUUUGGAGGAAAAUGCUACAACUUUACAGCUUUUCAACCAGCCAUCAAUGUUUUGAAAGAGAUUCAAGUAUUUUUGGAGGCAAAUCCAUCAGAAAUUGUUACCAUUAUAAUUGAAGACUAUGUUUCAUCGCCGAAUGGCCUGACAAAAGUGUUUGAUGCUGCUGGCUUGAGGAAAUACUGGUUUCCUGUAUCUCGAAUGCCCAAAAAUGGCGGAAAUUGGCCUACUGUUGAUGAUAUGGUCCAGAAGAAUCAGCGUUUGGUGGUUUUUACUUCAAAGUCAUCUAAGGAAGCUUCUGAAGGAAUUGCCUAUGAAUGGAGAUAUGUAGUAGAAAACCAAUAUGGAGACGGUGGAAUGGUGGCCGGUUCAUGUCCAAACCGGGCAGAAUCACCUGCAAUGAACACAACAUCAAGGUCUCUAGUGUUAGUGAAUCACUUUCCUGACAGGCCAGAUUUUACCCAAACUUGCAAGUAUAAUUCUGCUCCUUUAAUGGAUAUGGUGAACACAUGUUACGCGGCAGCCGGUAAACGGUGGCCUAACUUCAUUGCAGUUGACUUUUACAAGAGAAGUGAUGGCGGUGGAGCUGCAGAAGCUUCAGACGUUGCAAAUGGUCAUCUAGUUUGCGGCUGUGAAAGCAUUUCCUCUUGCAAGCCAAACAUGACCUUUGGAGUCUGUGACCUACCUGAGGCUGCUGCUGGCCCAGCCCCUAAUGUACGAAAUGAAAUCAGCUUUGCUCAUUCGGAUGACAGAACCCGUCGCCUACGGUGGCUGCUGGGGACCAUUCUGGGGGCAGUUUUCUUAUCAUUGUAAAAAUAAAUUUUAGUAUUUAAAAAAUAAAACAAAAGGCACCACAUAAAAAAAAUGGUGUUCUAACCUAAAACCAACCUGUAGUAGAACUAUAAAAUCCAAGGAAUGAUUCGGUUUAAUUUUUAAGAAAUUUUAUUUAGUUUUGAUUUUUAUAAA